GGCUAGAGGCUGGGGCCAAAGGCGGCGCAGUGGACUGGUGCAGCUGUGCCAGGGCAGCCGGGCACCGGGCUCCUCUUUGCAACCUCCUCCCGCCCGGGAUUGCGUUGCCCGGGACGUGGGGGGCCCAAGCCGGGGCUGCUGCACCGCUGCCCGCCCGUGGGGGGGUCCCCUGCCCCCAGUGCACUGCGGAGCCCCCCGGCUCUCCAGCUGUGCCCUCCUCUGCCCAUGCCCAGCGGACCUCCGCCGGCCCGGCCCCGCUGCCCGGGGUGAGUGACAGCUGUCACGGGCCGAAGCCAUGACGACCCUCGACUCGAACAACAACACAGGUGGCGUCAUCUCUUACAUCGGCUCCAGCGGCUCGUCCCCGAGCUGUACCAGCCCCGUGUCCCUGUGCAGCGACAGCUCCAACGGCGGCUUCCAGGCCCUGGCCCACGUCUUCCCCACCUACUUCCCGCCCUCGCCCACCGGCUCCCUCACCCAGGAUGGGCGACCCUGCGGCGGAGGCCCCGCCGCCGGGCUCAGCGAGGACACCUCGCCCCCGCCCUCCUCGUCCUCCUCCUCCUGCUUCUACGCCGGGGGGUCCCCCGGGGGUCUGCAGGUGGCCCUGGAUGACCGGAGCCGAGUCUCUCCCAGCAAAAACGGCGGCGGCGGCACCAAGCUGAACGGCAUGGUGCUACUCUGCAGAGUCUGCGGAGACGUGGCCUCCGGCUUCCACUACGGGGUCCACGCCUGCGAAGGCUGUAAGGGCUUCUUCCGCCGCAGCAUCCAGCAGAACAUCCAGUACAAGAAGUGUCUGAAGAACGACGCCUGCUCCAUCGUCCGCAUCAACCGCAACCGUUGCCAGCAGUGUCGCUUCAAGAAGUGCCUGGCCGUGGGCAUGUCCCGAGAUGCUGUGCGUUUCGGCCGGAUCCCCAAGCGGGAGAAGCAGCGGAUGUUGGCGGAGAUGCAGAGCGCCAUGAACCUGGCCAACAACCAGCUCAACAACCCGGGCUCGGGCCCGCCGGAGGCCUCGCCCGGGGGCCGCCAGUCGGCUGGCAGCUCCCCCGCGCCGGCCCUGCCGGCUGCCCCCUUCUCCCCGUUCCCCCCGCAGCUGACCCCGCCGCGCUCGCCCAGCCCCGAGGGCACGGUGGAGGACGUGAUCCUGCAGGUGGCCCGGGCCCACAAGGAGAUCUUCACCUAUGCCCACGACAAACUGGGCCCCGCCUCGGCCCCGCCCCGCAGCCCCAACGCCAACCGGCCCCCGCCUCCCGCCCGCCCACCCUGCUGGGACCCCCGCCGCUACCCGCCGGACGACAACGACGCCGCCGCCGCCCAGCGCCACAACGAGGCGCGCAACGGGCAGCGCCCGCCGCCGGGCCCGCUCUAUCCGGGCCCGCCGCCCGCCUGGCCGGCCGGCUCCGCCCACCACCCCUGCCACCAGGGCAACGGCAACGGGCACCGGCUCUGCCCGGCUCACCAGGUCUACGCGGGCCCGGAGGGCGAGGCCCCCGGCGGGCAGGGCCGCCCCUGGCCCGGCGGCGCCAAGGACGUCCUGCUGGCGUGCCCCAUGAACACCAAUCCGCACGGCCGCAGCGGGCGCACGGUCCAGGAGAUCUGGGAGGACUUCUCGCUCAGCUUCACGCCCGCCGUCCGCGAGGUGGUGGAGUUCGCCAAGCACAUCCCCGGCUUCCGCGACCUGUCCCAGCACGACCAGGUCACCCUUCUCAAGGCCGGCACCUUCGAGGUGCUGAUGGUCCGCUUCGCGUCGCUGUUCAACGUGAAGGAGCAGACGGUGAUGUUCAUGAGCCGCACGACGUACAGCCUGCAGGAGCUGGGGGCCAUGGGCAUGGGCGACCUGCUGGCGGCCAUGUUCGACUUCAGCGAGAAGCUCAGCUCCCUGGCCCUCACCGAGGAGGAGCUGGGCCUCUUCACCGCCGUCGUCCUCGUCUCCGCCGACCGCUCGGGCAUGGAGAACAUGGCCUCGGUGGAGCAGCUGCAGGAGACGCUGAUCCGGGCGCUGCGGGCCCUGGUGCUGAAGAACCGCCCGGCCGAGACGUCCCGUUUCACCAAGCUGCUGCUCAAGCUGCCCGAUCUGCGCACGCUCAACAACAUGCAUUCCGAGAAGCUCCUGUCCUUCCGCGUGGACGCCCAGUGAGCCCACCCCUUCCCCCUCCUCCCCCGGCCCGCCCCCUGCUCUCCCCGCCGGAUCUUAUUUAUAUUGUUAUAAAAUAUUCCACGGAAGGGACGAGCCACGGGACGUCGGAGCCUUCUUGUAAAUACGCCCCCCCUCCCCCGUCCCGCCCAGGAAUCCGGGCCCGGGUCGGCGGUGCCGUCCCUCCUCCGGUCCGACGCCCCCACCCCGCCCCGAAAUCAUCUCCUUCCCAAGCCCGUGUGCUCUGUGCCCAUCUCAAAUCCACCCGUUCACGUCUGCUCUGCCUUCUGUGGUGUGUGCCCGGGUCGGCCGGGGGCAGCGGGGGCCCGAGGGGAGACGUCAGUGAGCACCGCCCGGCCCACCUGGAGAGAGGGGACCCCCCCCCCCAGCUCCCCAAUUCUCCCCCAUCCAACGCACCGCAGCUCCUCGCCGGGAGUGGUGGCACGCGGAAGA